UACAGUGUACGCAACUGGAAAGCACCCCAUGCUACUAGUUACUUGACGCUUGGAAACGUCAAGAACUUUCGAAUUGCAUAUCGACAAAAGAUAAACGUGACGGCGAAUGUUUUCUGUCAAAAGUGAUAAAACGUGUAUAAGGAUAUUCCGAUUGACAAUCGAUAUUCAGACAUACAAUACGCGUAAUUUUGAAUAUAUAAAUGCGUAAUAAAAGAAUAUAUAACCUCAUACGUUGAGUAGAUUAAUGCACACAUUAUUUCGUUUUUACGAAAUAUUUCUCUUUACGUUUAUAUAAAAUAUGGAUAAAUUAAGAAGAGCUCUGAGUGGCAAUGAACAAUGCGACGAAGAAAGCGGCAUUAUCACGCAGGCUGAUGUGGAUUUUGUGGUCAUGGACCAAACAACAUUGAGUUGGUCUACUAGGAUAAAGGGUUUUGCAAUAUGUUUCAUCGUAGGUGUACUGUGUUCUUUUCUUGGAUCAUUUGCUCUAUUCCUAAAUAAAGGCCUUGCGGUAUUUGCUGUAUUCUAUACUCUAGGCAAUGUUAUUUCUUUGGCUAGUACUUGUUUCUUAAUGGGACCAUUUAAUCAGCUUAAAAAAAUGUUUGCACCAACAAGAGUAAUUGCAACCAUAAUAGUAUUUGUUACUAUUGCUUUGACGUUAGUUGCUGCAUUACAUUUGCACAACCCUGGAUUAGCUCUCCUAUUUAUAAUCAUUCAAUCUCUAGCUAUGACAUGGUAUUCUUUAUCGUAUAUACCAUAUGCUCGUGAUGCUGUUAAAAAGACAGUGGAAUCUUGUAUCACGUGAAAGAAGAAAUUAAUUUUCUUUAUAUCAGUUCGUUAUACAAAUGCAUUAUAUACUAUUUUGAAGAAAAAAAACUUUUUACGCUUGUGCUGUUUUGUGGUACUGAAUAUGGACCAUAUUCUACUCAUAUUUGCAGGAGCUAUGUGGUAAGAUAAUUGAAAGAUAUAUUUUGUAAAUUGAUCAUAUAUUGUACAAAUAAUACAAGUAUAAAAAUCCUGUUGUAUACUGUAAUAAAUUUGUAAAGAUUUUAUAUAAUACAGGAUACAUUAAGUUGUCAAGCUUCUUAAUAGCUUGCUAACAGGCUUGAGUUUCUAGCAGUAAUAAUUAUGCAAUCAGUACAAUAUUUAAUUAUUUAUAGCAGCUGAGUUUUUCUUCUUUUUUUUUUUAGUAAAUACUAUAUGAAAAUUAUAUAUAGGGUUAACAUAUAUUUAAAAUAUUGUAAGUUUAUAUAUAUAUAUAUAUAUAUAUAUAUAUAUAUAUAUAUAUAUAUAGCAUGCUAACUAUGUACUGUUAGGUCUUUCGUUAUUUCAUAUUUGGUUUACUAAUGUCGUAAUGAUACAUUUUAUUGUCAGCAAAAUAUUAAUAGUAUUCAGUUUGUGAAGUGAUGUAAUGAUAAAUGACAUAGUAUCACUUAUCAAUUUUUAUUAUUUUAAUAUGAUUAGAUUUUAUAUGCUGUUAUAUUACAAUUUGCAAUUAUUAACUUUCGCCGGAGUUUUCUAUUUUUUAUAAAUCUAUAUUGGGAUUUAAUAAAUAAUUAUAUUCUUAAA